AGCCGCUUUGGCUGGGCAGUGAGUGCCCCGACGCGCCGCGUCCGCAGGGCGGGCGCCAUGUCGUCCUCAGUGGUUGACGGGCUGCCCUUCUCCGAGGAGAAGAAGAAGUACAUCCUCGAGACCCUCGAUCCCAUUCUCGAGGAGCUCGUGACCGAUGUGCUCACGGAGAUGCCGAAGCAGCCAGUGGACUUCAUGGCGCAGUGGCUCCGGAAGCGCAGCGGCACAACGCACCUGCAGCGGAUUGCCCUUAAGACAAAGAAUACCAAGCUGAAGGAGGAGCUCAGGCAGUUGACGGGCUCGCUGCGCGAGGCUGGCACCGUCAUCGACCAGCACGUCGAGGAGGAGGAGGAGUCUGAGGAGGAGGACGACGAGUGCGACGAGAUUCCGGAGUCGAUGAGAAAGCCCUCCGACCAGCUGGGCCGUGCCAGGCAGUCAGUCAGCGCAGAGGCGUAUGGGGCCUGGAAUCAGAAGAAGGCGUUCACGCCGCCAAAAAUUAGCAAGACGGACGAGCAGAAGAGCAGGCUGACCAACACGUUGAACAAGAGUUUCAUGUUCAACGAGCUCGAGCCCAACGACAUGGAAACGAUCCUCAUGGCCAUGAAGGAGGUGAAGUUCACAGCGGACCAGAAGGUCAUCACCGAAGGCGAGGACGGCGACUACCUCUUCGUGGUCGAGGAGGGCUCUCUGGACUGCAUCAAGGUGAUGAACGACGCGGAGAAGGUGGUGAAGACCUGCGGCGUCGGAGACGUGUUCGGCGAGCUGGCCCUGCUGUACAACUGCCCCCGGGCGGCGUCCGUGGUCGCCAGGGGCUCCGUGGUGUGUUGGCAGCUGGACCGCGAGACCUUCAACCACAUCGUCAAGGACGCAGCCGUGAAGCGCCGCAACAAGUACGACAACUUCCUUAAGGAUGUCGCCCUCAUCUCGUCGCUCGGCAACUACGAGCGAUCCCAGGUGGCCGACUGCCUGAAGGCCGAGACCUUCGAGCCCGGAACGGUGAUCGUCAAAGAAGGCGAGCCAGGCGACAAGUUCUACAUAGUCGAGGAGGGCGCUCUGUUCGCCCUGAAGGGCGGCAAGCAGGUCAUGGACUACACACCGGGUGGUUACUUUGGGGAGCUGGCGCUGCUGAAGAACCAGCCUCGUGCCGCCAGCAUCCAGGUCUCCAGCGGCGGCCAGGCGAAAGUGCUCUCCAUGAGCCGCGCCUCCUUCAACAAGAUGCUGGGCCCGCUGCAGCACAUCCUGCAGGGCAAGGCGGACAGCUACGAGUGAGCGGACUUCAUCGGUCACCUCAAUGUCCAGGCCUCCCAGAAGUGGUCGGAGUAGACGGGGUCGGGGAAUGGCGCCUCGUCGGCGGUGCGGCUUGAUGCGGAGCCCGAUUUUGUCCAUGCUGGCGACGCCGAUGCAUUGCCGGUGCAUCGGCGAAACAUCCGCGAUGCGGUGCAAUCUUCCGACCCCAUCUACUCGGACCCCGUCAAGGAGGCUUUUGGAGGCGGAUAGCUACAAGUGGGCGGACUUCAUCGGUCACCUUGAGUCGUGACGUACAGUGGGAGCGCGCAUCAAGCGACCAUGUGCUUUCCGUCAGGCCAUCCUGAGCUGGGCGGUGACUUCCCGCAGCCGUGGAAGAGGCUGCUGCGUUCAGGGUGCUCUGCGUUUCCGCUCAGGUGCACCUCGCGAGCGGGUUUUCAGGGUUGUGUUUCUUGCGAGGGUUUCUUGCGGCCGCGCCCGCAAUGUAAGGACUAGUCGUGGCCGUCUCGCCUGCUGAACUCUGGUUUUCCUCAUCGACGGCGUAAGGUCUGAUCCUGGUCGUCUCGCCUCCUUAAUUGCGGCCUUCCUCGUCCUCUCUAUCCCCUUCUUCUCAUCCCCUUGCCC